AUGGGAGCUAGCAAGUCGCGCACGAAGGAAAGCGACGGCACAGAAAACAUCCUGCGAACUAUCACCGAACAUGUGAAGUUCUAUUCGGUCGAAAGGUUCAGUGAAAUAGCUGCGAGCAAUCACUACUCUAACUUACACAAAACGUCUGCAGUUGACUUGUUGUUGAGAGUGGGCAAGAUAGUGGACGUCAAACAGCACCCGGAUGCAGACUCGCUCUUCGUGGAGACUGUGGACUUCGGACCAAGUGGAGCUGAAGGUGAAGAGGGAGAGAGGAGGACGACAAUUGUGAGUGGACUUGUAGGAAGAGUCUCGAUCGAACAGCUACAAAUUCUUCUGGCCGUGUUUGUAUGCAAUCUGAAACCAGUGAAAAUGCGAGGCAUCGAACCGCAGGGAAUGCUGCUGUGUGCAGUGAAUGAGAACGGAACAGAGCCAGUGCCAGCACCUCCCAAUGCACUUCCAGGGGACCCAGUAUUGAUAUCGUGUCCCUUGUGUCGACUUCGUGCUCUUCGGUCCCUCGUGUUGGAAUGCUGA